AGGUGAUCCCUGUAGUAGCCAAUAAAAAGGGUAGCCAUUUGGUAGUUUUAACCUUGGAAAGCAAGUUGCAGCAGUACGUCGCAAAUCUGAAUUUGUAAUACUAUCAAUCAAAAUGCCGACCACAAAUGAAGCAGAUGAGAGGAUGAGAAAGUUUAAGAACAAAGGCAAAGACACAGCGGAGCUGCGGCGCAGAAGAGUAGAAGUCAAUGUGGAGCUAAGAAAGGCAAAGAAAGAUGAACAGAUAUUGAAGAGGAGGAAUGUGUGCUUCCCAGAAGAGCUAGUUCUCUCUCCAGAAAAGAAUGUUAUGCAGAGUAUGCAGGUUCCUUCACUUUCUCUAGAAGAAAUUGUGCAAGGAAUGAAUUCUGGCGAUACCGAAAAUGAACUCAGGAGUACACAAGCUGCAAGAAAAAUGCUAUCCCGAGAGAGGAAUCCUCCAUUAAAUGAUAUAAUAGAGGCAGGAUUGAUUCCAAAGCUGGUAGAUUUUCUGAGCCGUCAUGACAACAGCACCCUGCAGUUUGAAGCUGCCUGGGCACUGACAAACAUUGCUUCUGGGACCUCAGACCAAACAAAGUCUGUUGUGGAUGGAGGCGCCAUUCCUGCUUUUAUAUCGCUUAUUUCUUCACCACACCUUCACAUCAGUGAACAGGCAGUAUGGGCACUGGGAAAUAUUGCUGGUGAUGGUCCAAUGUACAGAGACUCUCUAAUCAACUGCAAUGUGAUCCCACCACUGCUGGCUCUGGUUAACCCUCAGACUCCGAUUGGUUAUUUGAGGAAUAUUACAUGGACUCUAUCAAACCUUUGUCGGAACAAGAAUCCAUACCCUCCCAUGUCAGCUGUUCUCCAAAUUUUACCAGUAUUGACACAACUAUUACAUCAUGAAGACAAGGACAUUCUGUCUGAUACUUGCUGGGCAAUGUCUUAUCUUACUGAUGGCUCAAAUGAUAGGAUUGAUGUUGUGGUAAAAACUGGGAUUGUGGAACGUCUAAUACAGUUGAUGUACAGCCCGGAACUAAGUAUACUGACACCAUCACUGCGUACUGUUGGAAAUAUUGUCACUGGUACAGACAAACAGACCCAGGCAGCCAUAGAUGUUGGUGUCCUCUCCAUUCUGCCACAGCUUUUACGACACCAAAAGCCAAGUAUUCAGAAGGAAGCAGCAUGGGCUUUAAGUAACAUUGCUGCAGGGCCAGCUCCCCAAAUACAGCAAAUGAUCACUUGUGGAUUGCUCUCUCCUUUAGUGGAUCUUCUCAAAAAGGGAGACUUUAAGGCUCAGAAAGAAGCAGUUUGGGCUGUAACAAACUACACCAGUGGAGGAACUGUGGAGCAAGUGGUUCAGCUGGUACAGUGUGGAGUGUUGGAGCCCCUUUUAAAUCUACUAACUAUUAAAGACAGCAAAACUAUUCUUGUAAUUCUGGAUGCCAUCUCCAACAUUUUUCUGGCUGCAGAGAAACUUGGUGAGCAGGAGAAACUUUGCUUACUUGUGGAAGAACUAGGAGGGCUAGAAAAAAUUGAAGCUCUACAAACUCAUGACAAUCACAUGGUUUAUCAUGCAGCUUUGGCUCUAAUAGAAAAAUACUUCUCAGGAGAGGAGGCGGAUGAAAUGAUUGCUCUAGAGCCAGAAGUGGGAAAGGACACCUACACCUUUCAGGUCCCAAAUAUGCAAAAAGAGUCUUUCAAAUUCUGAAUUUCUAAGCCCUACUCUCAUAUACAGUUGUUCAAUUAAAAAAUAAAGCAAGUACUUUUGGAAAUUUG